CUAAUUAUACUCUAUUUACCAUUGUACCAAGGAUAUUUACAAUUGUCUAUUGUAAUAGUGUAUUAAUAUUUGAACGCAAUGUAUUUGUUGCUACUUUCUAUGAUUGUAGUUAUAUUGGUAAUUUUAGCAUUUUUGUACCACAAAUGGACAUUUUGGAAACGCCAGGGUAUACCCAACGACCUGUCAUCCAAAAGUGGACUACCGUUUCAUGUGACCGAUAAUGAGUCGCAUAGAAAAUACGGCAAAAUUGUCGGCUAUUACGAGGGUUUGAAACCAUGUUUGUCCAUAACUGAUCCCAAUCUAAUCCGUAAAGUAUUGGUCACAGAGUUUCAUACUUUUGCGAACCAUAGAGAGCUGGCCGAUGAGAACGAGCUCAUUAACAAUGGCCUGUUCCUCUCGAGGUAUCCCAACUGGAAACGGAUCCGAGCCAUACAUUCGCCAUCGUUUUCAACGGGAAAACUAAAGGCAAUGAAACCGAUGAUCGAGAAAACUAUGGACCAAUUGAUCGCCAAAUUAGACCCGAAAGCCAGUGAUCAGCAAAUCGUAGACUUCCGGCAAUAUUACGAUUCCUUUACCUUUGAUGUGAUCACGCGGGCGGCCGCCGGCGUACAUACCGAUGCCAUCGAUAAUCCGUCCAAUAAUCCGUUUUUAACGGCUGUUAAGAAAACGUUUCAAAGGGAUCAGAAUAUAUGGAAUUGGAUAGUGCUUUUCAUGCCAUUUAUGCGUAACUUUGUUAAGAUUAAAUUUUUUGAUGCCAAGAGUCAAGAGAUUAUCUCUGAAUCCAUAAGACGUGUGAUUAGAGAGAGGACUGAGAAGAAUAUCGAUGUCCCGGAUCUGUUGCAGUACUCCAUGGACUACAGUGUUUUGUCGGCAAAAGUCAUCAGGAGUAAGGAGUUCGCAAGUUUUGAGAGUAAGUAA